AUGGCUGGGCCCGAGGCCGACCCCAGAGCGAUGCCUGUGUCCCUGGGACGCUGCAUGCGGCAGGGUUUCCAGGAGCUGUACCAGGCCCAGCAGCUCUGCGAUGUUGCCUUGGUGGCUGCAGGACGGCGCUUCCCCUCUCACAGGCUGGUGUUGGGCUCGGUCAGCCCUUACUUACGGGACCGGAUGGCCUCUGCGGAGUCCCAGGGUGGGGAGGUUCAGCUGCAGGAUGUGUCGCCCUCCAUCCUCCAGAGCAUCCUGCGCUAUGUGUACACGGAGGAGCUGGCGCUGACGGCCGAGCGCGCCCAGGAGCUGUUCGUGACGGCCAGCAGGCUCCAGAUCCCCCCACUCCUGGAGACGGUUGGCAGGUUCCUCGUGGAGAGCAUUUCCCUGGAGACCUGCCUCAGGCUCUACGCGCUGGCUCACGCCCACCGGCACCCGGCUCUGCUCCGCGCGGCCGGGCGCUACGUCAGCCUGCACUUCAGGUCCCUCUGCGAGGACGACGCCUUCCUGCGCCUGGACCCCGGCACCUUGAUCGGCAUCAUCGCCUCAGACGGCCUCGCGGUGGCUUCCGAACUGACCGUCUACUGGGCUGUGGGGCGCUGGGUGAGGGCUGACCCCGCCGAGCGCCUGCCGCUGCUCCCGCAGCUGCUGGGGCACGUCCACCUGGCCCUGCUGACCCCCGAGGAGCUGGCCGAGGUGCAGGCAGACAUCGCAGAGCUCUCCGGGGCUGCGCGGCUGGGGUUGAAGGAGCUGGUUGGGGAGGGGAGGCUCCGGGAGAGCGGGGAACUCCGGCGGGGCAUGUACGAGGAGGUGAUUGUGUGCGUGGGGCGGCGGGCGCGGAGGGGCCAUGCCUCGGGCGAGGACUUGGAUUCUCCCCUGAACUGUUUUGACCCCCACACGGAGAGGUGGGGGGCGCCGUUGGGCUCGGUUCCAGUGCAGUUCCCCGGUUUCGCCGCCCUGGGCCACAAGCUGUAUGUGGCCGGGGGCUGCAGCCCGGACGGCUGCUUUUCAACCAGCCUGCACGAAUACGACGCCUGCUCCGGGCAGUGGGCACAGCUCCCCUCCAUGUCCUGGCCCCUGGACCCCCACGGCUUCCUGGUCUGCAGCCGGCGGCUCUACGCCGUGGGGGGCUGCAUGGAGGCGGCUGGCAAGCUGGAUUUGGCAGAGACCUUUGACCUGGAGCAGAAGCAAUGGGCUCCCGCCUCCCGCCUGCCCUUUCCCCUCAGCUACUUCGCCUCGGCCGCGCUCCACAACAAGCUCUACCUGAUAGGUGGGAAGAAGCAUGUGGCGGGGGCCCUGGCCACCCACCGGGGGCUGCUCAUCUACCACGUCAGCUCGGACAGCUGGGCUCAGGUGCCGCUGGGCGUGGGGCUCUGCCACGCGGGCGCUGCCGCCACGGCUGGCGGGAUCUGUGUCGUGGGGGGCUGCAGAGACGAAGCCCUCGGGGAGGAGGGAGAGGGGAACGUCCAGGCCUCCCAGGCGUGCUUCUUCCUGGGUGAGGAUGGCAAAGUGAGGCAGGAGGUGGCCAUCCCGGCACUUCCCCGAGCCAUCGAGUCUGCUGGGGCCGUCUGCUGGCGGGGAAGGGUCUACGUGGUGGGCGGCGAGGAUUCAGCCCGUUGGCUGAACACCGUGUACUACUGGGAGCCCAGCGCCGCCGCCUGGACCCUGUGCCAGGAAGGCCCUGCCACCGCAGAGCGCGUGGGCUGGUUUGGCUGUGUGACACUGCAGGUGCCCAUCAGACUCCUCCGGGCACUUUUCCAGGGGCAGCCCACAGUCCCGGCAGCAGCCCACGAGGCAGCACCUGCUCCCAUCGCCCGCGGGGACAUCCUGCCCUGA